AUGACCAGUGUCCUCACGAAGAGAUCAGGACACGGACACACACAGAGGAAAGGCCAUGUGAAGACGCAAGGAGAAAUGGCCAUCUGUAAGCCAAAGAGACAGGCCUCCAUAGAAACCAGUUCUACCGAUACCUGGAUCUCAGACUUCUGGCCUUCAGAACGGAGCCCCUCGUCCGUGCGGUCACCCCGUCCCCCGCCACAGGAGCCCUUCGUCCGUGUGGUCACCACGUCCUCCGCCACAGGAGCCCCCUGUCCGUGCGGUCACCACGUCCUCCGCCACAGGAGCCCCCUGUCCGUGCGGUCACCACGUCCUCCGCCACAGGAGCCCCUCGUGCGUGCGGUCACCACGUCCCCCGCCACAGGAGCCCUCGUCCGUGCGGUCACCACGUCCUCCGCCACAGGAGCCCCCUGUCCGUGCGGUCACCACGUCCUCCGCCACAGGAGCCCCUCGUGCGUGCGGUCACCACGUCCCCCCGCCACAGGAGCCCUCGUCCGUGCGGUCACCACGUCCUCCGCCACAGGAGCCCCCUGUCCGUGCGGUCACCACGUCCCCCGCCACAGGAGCCCCCCUGUCCGUGCGGUCACCACGUCCUCCGCCACAGGAGCCCCUCGUGCGUUCGGGUCACCACGUCCCUCCCGCCACAGGAGCCCCCUGUCCGUGCGGGUCAACCACGUCCUUCCGCCCACAGGAUGCCCCUCUUGUCAUGCGGUCACCACGUCCCCGCCACAGGAGCCCUCUUCGUGGUGCGGUCACAACGUCCCCCCGCCACAGGAGCACCGUCCGGCGGUCACCACGUCCUCGCCACAGGACCCCCUGUGCUGCGUCACCACGUUCCCCCUCCACAGGAGCCCCUCUUGCGUGCGGUCCACCACUCCUCCGACACAGGAGCCCCUGUCGUGCGUUCACCACGUCCCUCCCCACAGGAGCCCUCUGCGUGCGGGUCACAACGUCCCCCGCAGGUGCCCUCGCCGUUGCGGUCACCGUCCUCUGCCAAGGAGCCCACUGUGCGUUCCGCGUCACCACGUCCCCCGCCACAGGAGCCCCUGUGAGUUCGGUCACCACGUCCUCCGCCACAGGAGCCCCUUGUCCGUGCGGUCACCACGUCCCCCGCCACAGGAGCCCCUCGUCCGUGUGGUCACCCCGUCCCCCGCCACAGGAGCCCCCUGUCCGUGCGGUCACCACGUCCUCCGCCACAGGAGCCCCUCGUGCGUGCGGUCACCACGUCCUCCGCCACAGGAGCCCCCUGUCCGUGCGGUCACCACGUCCUCCGCCACAGGAGCCCCUCGUGCGUGCGGUCACCACGUCCCCCGCCACAGGAGCCCUCGUCCGUGCGGUCACCACGUCCUCUGCCACAGGAGCCCCCUGUGCGUGCGGUCACCACGUCCCCCGCCACAGGAGCCCCUCGUGCGUGCGGUCACCACGUCCUCCGCCACAGGAGCCCCUCGUCCUUGCGGUCACCACGUCCUCCGCCACAGGAGCCCCUCGUCCGUGCGGUCACCACGUCCUCCGCCACAGGAGCCCCUUGUCCGUGCGGUCACCCACGUCCCCCGCCACAGGAGCCCCUCGUCCGUGCGGUCACCACGUCCUCCGUCUAAGGAGCCCCUCGUGCGUGCGGUAACCACGUCCUCCGCCACAGGAGCCCCUCGUCCUUGCGGUCACCACGUCCUCCGCCACAGGAGCCCCUUGUCCGUGCGGUCACCACGUCCCCCGCCACAGGAGCCCCUCGUCCGUGCGGUCACCACGUCCUCCGUCUAA